AUGAAGAAGCAUAGCAAGCAACUUGAAUAUAAUGAAAUCAAGAGAGUAACAGUGGUUGUAGAAAUUCAAGGAAGAUUACCAUUCUACUUUACAUUCAGACAAAGAAUUAACUACAACGAAGAUCCAAUGUACAGACACAUUGAGCCAACUCUUGCUUUCCAACUUUUCCUCAAGAAACUUUCAAACUAUGAUGUUAAACCAUAUCCUUGCAGAGAUCCAUCUGUGCACGUUUUUUAUGGCCAAAAGAAGAAGGAACUUGGUUUGAAUAGAUAUGACUAUUUGAACAAGAGAUUCUUUGUUCGUACACUUGUAUUACAAGGCGAUAUUUUCACUGAGGAAAAUCCUGAAGAAUUGCAAAUUUCAGAACUUGAAAGAUACGUUGUUGCAUCAAUCAAUGCAUUGGAAAUUGCUAUGGCUGACAAGAAUUACGCUCCUAGCUAUGCAAACCAUAUUUUCGUCAACUUCUUACCAGAAGUUGUUGUUAAAGCUGACAUGGUCGGUGAAAUUAUUGAAAGAUUCCAAAAGGUUUAUGGUAAGAGAUUGUGGAAGUUAAGAGUCAGCGAAGUGGAAGUACGAUUUACUGCAAAAUUCUCAAAGACAUCUCAACCUCAAACAUUCAGAUUUAUUGCUAGAGAUGAUACAGCUUAUAAUCUCACAUUAGAUAUUUAUCGUGAAGAGAAGGACCAAAACACAGGCAGAACUGUUUACAAGACCGUUGUUGGCGAAAAAAAGCCAUUAGAAGGCCUUGAUGUAAAUAUUCCACACCCAAUUCUCCAAACAGUUGAUCAAAAGAGAGUUAUUGCUCACAACAAUGAAACCUCAUAUGUUUAUGACUUCCCAUACUUAUUCGAAAGAGCAAUUCAGGGCAUGUGGAAAGAAUAUAAUGAGCUAACUCAAGAACCAAUUCCAUCCGUUCUCUUACAAAAGGUUGAAUAUAUUUUGAACAGCGAGACUCAUAAGCUUGUGGAAAAUCCAAACAAGGAUGCUAUUGGUAAAAACACUUGUGGUAUGGUUGUUUGGAAGCUAACCAUGUACACACCAGAAUGCAAAGAUGGUAGAGAUAUGAUCCUCAUUGCAAACGAUAUUACAUUCCAAUCUGGAUCAUUUGGAGUUAUUGAAGACGAAGUCUUCCAAUUGGCAAGCGAGAUGGCCAGAGAUUUGAAGAUCCCAAGAUUCUAUAUUGCUGCUAACUCUGGUGCUAGAAUUGGUUUGGCAGAUGAAGUCAGAGAACUCUUCAAGGUUGAAUGGACUGAUCCAAACGACUGCACAAAGGGAUUCAAAUAUCUUUACCUAACUGAAUCUGAUCAUGAAAAGCUUCAAAAGACUCACUCUGUCAAUGCCACACUGAUUGAAGUCAAUGGCGAAAAGAGAUGGAGGAUUAUUGACAUCAUUGGAAAAGAAAAUGGUAUUGGUGUUGAAAAUUUGAGAGGAUCAGGCAUGAUUGCUGGUGAAACUUCUCGUGCCUAUGAAGAAGUUUUCACAAUCAACUAUAUUGCCGCAAGAAGUGUUGGUAUUGGUGCCUAUGUGAACAGACUUGGUCAAAGAAUUAUUCAGAACAGAAGAGCUCCAAUCCUGCUUACUGGUGCCGGUGCCUUGAACAAAGUACUCUCCAGAGAAGUUUAUACAAGCAACUUACAAUUGGGAGGUAUUCAAAUCAUGUAUCCAAAUGGUGUGUCUCACUUAGUUGCUGCUGAUGACUAUCGUGCUAUUCAACAAGCCAUGAAAUGGUUGCAAUAUGUACCUAAAACUAUUGGAUCUCCUCUUCCAAUUUUGAAGAAUUUGGAUAAUCCAGAGCGUGAAAUUGGUUUUGUUCCAGUUGAAGGAUCUCACUAUGACUUUAGAGAAAUGUUAGUUGGCAAAUAUGUCGAAAAUAAUGAUGAAAAGACAUAUUUGAGUGGAUUCUUUGACAAGGACUCGUUCUUUGAAACCUUGGGAGGAUGGGCUAAGAAUAUUAUUGUUGCUCGUGCGAGACUUGGAGGUAUUCCAAUGGGUGUUAUCGCAGUUGAUACAAAGACCUAUGAACAGGUUAUUCCAGCAGAUCCAGCUGACAGCAAUUCAAGAGAACGUGUUGUUCAAAAAUCUGGCCAAGUUUGGUAUCCAGAUUCAGCAUUCAAGACUGCUCAAGCUAUCAAUGAUUUCAACAAGGGAGAACAAUUACCACUCAUGAUAUUUGCUAACUGGAGAGGUUUUUCGGGAGGCCAAAGAGAUAUGUUUGAUGAAAUUCUCAAGUUUGGUUCCUACAUUGUCGAUGCUCUAACUCAAUACAAACAACCUGUGUUCGUUUAUAUUCCUCCACAUGGAGAAUUGAGAGGAGGUGCGUGGGUUGUUGUAGAUCCAAUGAUCAACAAUGAGGUUAUGGAAAUGUUUGCUGACGAAAAAUCAAAGGGUGGUAUUUUGGAAGCUUCGGGUAUCGUUGAAAUUAAGUACAGAAAACAAGAAAUUGUUGCCACAAUUCAACGUUUGGAUGAAGAAUAUAUUAGACUCAGCAGAGAAUUAGGUAGUCCUGAAAUUUCACUUCAAGAAAAAGAUCAAAUCAAAUUGAAGAUGGAGAAGAGAGUCGAAAGAUUACUUCCAAUCUAUACUCAAGUUGCUGAAUGCUUUGCUGAUCUUCACGACACUCCAGGAAGAAUGAAGGCUAAGGGUGUCAUCACUGAAAUUGUAUCAUGGAAGAAUGCCAGAACCUACUUUUAUUGGAGAUUAAGAAGAAAACUUGUUGAAUUCUCAUUGUUGAACCAAUUGAGCGAUUGUGUUGCUCAAAAUAAGAUUAGUGUCAAGAGACAAAUCUUGAGAGAAAAAGUCAUCAACAAUGAGAAAUUGUGGAAUAAUGAUAAGGAAUUCCUUUCUUGGGUUGAAUCCAACAGCCAAACUGUGCAGCAAUCUAUUGCCAAUAUUAGACGUGAAAAGGUCAAACAAGACGUUGCUUGUUUGUGCUCAGAAAAUGCCGAUGCAGUUCUUGAAGGAUUACUUUCUUAUUUGGAACAUAAUUCUGUGAAUGAAGCUCUGAAAGAAAAGCUCCGAAAACUCCUCUAA